AUGCGGGAACCCUCACAGAUCCAGCAGGCUUCUCGCGAAAGAGACCAGACACGAGACGGGGCACGCCUGAGCAAGACUCACCUUCUCUCUUCCUUGGACUCUGCCCUGGGUCGACCUGACCUGGUGGUUGCUGCUGCUGUUGCUGCUGACCCUGCCUCUGCUUCUACCUCUUCUUCUUCUGCUGCUGCUGCUGCUGCUGCUGCUGCUGCUGCUGAUGGGGACCCUGGCAAGGACUGGGGGAGAACUUGUUGCUUGGCUGGGCUGGCUGGCUGGCUGGCUGGCUGGCGCCGUUGCUAG